UUGAACACGCGUCGUGAGGUCCUAUCCAUGAUUUCCUCUACCCCAAGCAAUUUAUGAUCGAUCGCCCCAUCUCUAUUAUCUCCUAAAGGACCAUGGUCUUGUUUAAGCGGAAACCGGUCCAGUACCUUCCUCGACCGGCUAUCGAAGAUGACAGCUCCGAGGUCUGGGUCAUCCCAGAGACCAACGAAGUUUUCAUCAACUAUGAGCCCUAUCUCCAGAGGAUGGACUUUUAUAAGCAACGAAGAUUCAUUUGCGAAAUAACAGGCCAUUCGGGCCUGACUUUCUUCGAGGCGCUUAGAAGUGAAAUGGAGGAAUCGCGCGAAGUCAACAGCGCAUUUCCCGAUGCUCUCAAAGAGCCAAUUUUGCGCAGAAUUCAGUUCUCCACAGUAUCGCGGGUCGAUAAUCUUGUGGAUGAGGUCUUCGAGGAGUUUAAGCAAGACUUUUAUCCAGGAGAGCCUGUUCUGAUUCUACUUGAUGAUAAUACUCGUCUUCACGGCAUAAUUAGAGACAAAGUGAAUUUCCCAGACCAGUUAAAUCCCGAUGGAUCACUCAACAGACCAGCCUAUUCCACUUAUCUUGUGAAAGUAACGGACCGUCCGAACGAAGAGGCGCUAUUGGACCAGGAGCACAUCACUCGCGACCGAAAGACAUUCACCAAACAAAUGCUACGCGCUUUUAUCAAAAACAACGUCACGCGGGAAUCUUGGAACGGCGCGCCAUGGCUUGUAAAGCCUUCAAUUGCCGAGGAGUAUAGGAUCCCGACCGAGGUACCAAAGCAUCUGCAGUAUGGCGCCAAGGUAGCGGAGAAGAAGGCAAUGAAGAAGGCGGACCAGGAGGGAUUCUUUGGGUUCUUCGCAUCGCAACAACUCCCUGAACUGAAACCCGCGGUCAAAGGUCAAAAGGUCAAACCUUCUCAGCAGGACCUGGCUCGAAACAAAGAGGCACAAUUUCUCGAAUAUCAACGCUCGCUCAACGGCAACCCGACUUUUGUCGUCGCCAACAAGCCCACGAACGGGGUGAUCCGUUCGACCAAGACCCAGGAGACGGACAAGAAGACACCACCUGUACCUACUGUUGUUGUGAAGGCCGAACCUCCCAAGGCCCCAACGCCUCUGCCGAUCAAGUAUCCUAUCGAGGAUUUGGAUAUCGCCCCAGAUCUUGAAAAGAAGAAGCAGCGCCCGGCUCUGAAGUUUUUGACCGUGGACGAGACCGAUGGCCCUGAGGAUGUAGAUCUGCUGCAUGACGACAUUGAGAUCGAAUCAGUUGGGCGUCUCUUGGAGACGUGGAACACCCUCAACGUGUAUUGCGAGGUCUUCCAGCUUGAUUCCUUCACCUUCGAUGACUUUUUCCAGUCUAUGCGAUUCUCAUCCGAGGAUGUAGACUGUGAACUCUUUGUGGAAGUACACUGCGCCGUCCUGAAAAAGUUGGUAAAUGCGGAAAAGGAUGAGAACGGUGCUAUUCAGAUAUCUCUGCCAGAAUUACCGGAUGAGGAAGAUGAUGAAUCCGAGGGUGAGGGUGAGGAAGAAGAGGAGGCUACGCCUGAGCCCGUGGUUACAAGAAUGACCACUCGAAGUAGCCUGGCAAAGGCCGAAGCAGAGAAUCUCCGGGCGCAGGCAGAUCGUGAACGCUCAAGCUCGGUUGAGGUUAAGGUCCAUCGAGCUGCUGAGAUGUUUGUGGAGUAUGGUUGGAUUGAUCGUCUGCGGAAGCGUGAUUUCCGAAAUGGUGGAUGGGAAAUGGUCAUGAUUGGACUCCUGCAUCAGUUAUCAGCUCGUGCCCGGAUGGAAAAGGCCUGCAACGAUAUUCUCAAGCAUCUCGCUCCCCUGGAUGCGGAACCCACGCAGGAAACCGCGCAAGCUCAGUACUCGACGCUAGAUGUCAACCUACGUAUACAGGCCCUUCAGAUUAUCUGCAUGCUCAGCCUGGAAACCAAGGCCGUUCGCAACUAUCUUGAGGAAUGCAGCAACCAGAUGACCGAGUUCCGCAAAGAAAAGAUCGAAUACCAGAAGGCGCGCAAGGCAGGUCUGGAAGAACUUCGUCGGUUACAUCAAGAGCGCAAAGCUCUUCAGCCAGAGCCCGAGAAGUCACCCAGUCCGGCGCCGGAGCUGGAGGCCCUGGAAGAUUCCAAAAUGACAGGAGUAGAUGGAGACUCCGACCAGGCCAUGGAUUCGGAUGAUGAAGCGGUUCCUCAGCGAACGCUUCGCGGAGGCUUGGAUAGGGCGCUUGAGCGCAAGCGCAAGCAGGAAGAAGAGCGGGAGAGGAAAGAGCAACUCGCCAAGCAGCCUAAGGGAUCAAAGCAGUUCCAACGGGUGCUCAAGAAGAUUGAUGAUCAAAAGGCCAACAUCAAAAAACUCGAAGACAAGAUCGAUGUUGUUGACAAUGACUUGAGGGAGGCCGACUGCCCGCGGACCAGGUGUCUCGGAAAGGACCGUUUCUGCAACCGCUACUGGUGGUUCGAGCGGAAUGCGAUGCCAUAUGGUGGAAUGCCAAAUAGCUCCACAGCUGAAGCCAAUUAUGCCAAUGGUCGAUUGUGGGUUCAAGGACCCGACGAGAUGGAACGCGUGGGGUUCAUUGACGUUCCGGAUGAGCCGAGGAAACUAUACCAGAAGGCAUUUCAGACCACUCCUGCGGAGCGCAAGAAGGCCGAGGAGGGGCAUACCAGACUCACUACUGCAACCGAAUGGGGCUACUACGAUUCCCCGGACGCGAUCGAGACGCUACUGGAUUGGCUUGAUUCGCGGGGUCACCGCGAGUCGAAACUCCGCAAGGAGCUGCUACAGCAGCGUGAUAACAUCGCGAAGUACAUGAAUUACCGAAAGGAAUAUCUGGAGCAAACGUCAGAUAGGGCGGAGUCGGAAGAAAUUCCCUCUAAACGCGUGAUGACGCGAAACAAGACGUAUGUGGAUGAUAACAAGCAUCGUUGCAUGCGCUGGCGCAAUACCACGGCGCUGUCGGACAAUGGACAUCUUCAUGUGGAUGCUUCGCGACCAACCAAGCGGGCCCGGAGAGUUACAGAUGAGCCCAAAGAGAUCAAGGCGACCAACCGUCAGGGCAAGCCGCUCACCCGACAGGGCACGCGAUACAACUUUUAAAGCCACCACCCAUGUUUCUUAUCGUUUGGUUUUGGUUUUCAGGAUAUACAGGUGUUUUAUGGGCCUUGACUGCAUGCAUUGUUGAGGGUACUUGGGAGUCGUCAGCAACAAAAAAGGUGAUCAUUCUAUAGAAUUUGCA